AUGGCUAAUUCCUCAAACGAGACAGCGAAGCAGUCUUCAGCGGUAGCUCGUGAGACCAGCUCCCACAGUGCAUAUUCGUUUCGAUUCGUGGAUGUUGGGACACCAUCACAAACCUGCGAUGAAGAAGCCCAAGCUCUGAUACGCUCUCAUUUCAUGCGAGACUUCUAUGACAGGCGUGACAAUCGGAAGCAGCCAUGUACACACCCGGAGAAAACUUCUGCAGCGUCCAAAAAGGGAGGUGCAGCUCAGCAGACACAUCGUUUCAAGGUUGGACCACAAGGCCUUGAAGAGAUCAAAAAGAAACGCCGGAAGCGAGGAUCUGUAGCUGAAGCUCAGAUAACAGCAAUCACUCUGACCACUCCAACCCGCCCAGCAGGAAAGGCUCGGGAGCAAACCCAUGAUGUAGUUCCCGACUUUAACUUGCUACAACCUGCCGAGACCACUUCUAGGCAGAGUGACAGCCUAGCAAGCAGCUCGGUAAACCGUGAACAGGAUAACUCUGAGACAAAUAUCCUACAGCGUAGCUUGAACCACUUGCUUAGAUCUGACACUAGGACUGACUUGCAGCCGGAAUCUUUUCUCAUGUGGUCGGCCAUCGAUCCAUUCAAUACACUUCCUCCUUCAAGAUCACCUCGGACUCAACUCCUGUUAUAUCAUGCAACCCGAGGGAUAUUAUCGUCACGGCUUAUGGGCCAAUUGCGAACAGAGUGGUUGUCUUUGGCAAUUCAAGAUACCGCAAUGUUUCACAUCGCACUCUCGCACUAUGCCGGCAAUUACGGUCUUGCAAAUCAAGAGAAUGAUCCUGUGGAGGCACUUCGGUUCAGGAUGGAGGCAAUGAGACUUGUCAAUCAGCGACUAAGUGAUAUCGGGAAUGCUUUGGGAGAUGGCACACUGGGUACUGUUGCAAGCUUGUCAAGCUACGAAGCUACGAACGGAACCUUAACGGCAAUUGACACUCACAUGAAGGGGCUUCAAAGACUUGUAGCACUUCGAGGCGGCCUCGAGGCUGAUAUCAAUCCCUUCACAAGGCGCUUGAUUCUAUGGGCCGACCUGAACUGUGCAAAUGCUUUGGGGAAUAUGCCAGUAUUUGACCUCGUCAACGGCGAGGGCAGUCGUGAGGUGAAGACUCCUAAUGUCGAAGUAAUACAAAGAGGACGACACAUUACGAGCAGUAAUUUCCCUCAGACUGAGCCUUUCGGCGUGAAAGACUCAGGAGCAGUGGGUUUGGAGCUGAGAGACAACUUCACCCGUCUAAAACAAUUGGCCAUCAUGGAUGCUGACACUGGUCCGAGGGGCAAUGAAGAGAAGAUCCGACAUAGCGACAAGCUCUAUAUGACAGAAAGAAAUCUGUUGAUUCUUGCAAACACCUGCGGCCCAGGCAAGUUUGCAACAGCAGGUUGCCUCGCAGCAAUAAUAUUUCUCGAUAAUCAUCUUCGCGGGAUUGGCUUCAAUGCCCGGCUCAUGGACAGAUUUGCUAUCAGACUCAAGGUCUCUAUGAAUAUGGUUCUCAACCAAUCUUCCAGUCACAAACCCAACGAGAAAACGACCAAAGCUAUACUUUGGGUGUUAUACGUUGGUGGUCUUGCCGCAGAUGACCGACCCGAAAGGCAAUGGUUUACCAUGCAACUGCUUGACUUCUGCGAUACACUUGGCCUAAAAACAUGGGAGGAGACGGAGUUGGUAUUGAAAGACUUCCUCUGGGCACCGAGCUGGCAUUACCAAGGCCAAUCAUUAUGGAUUCAAGUCGAAGAAAUACGAUUUUUGAAGAACAUCGAGUGGUCAAUGGCCGAUGAUGAUAUAGAUACUGAUAUGAGAUGA